AUGACUACGGUAGGAAUUGUCGCGGCUGUAGUCGGUAUUAUAACGGGCGGUGGCAAAGCUGUAAAAUGGCUUUGCGGAACCAUAGAAACCAUCGGCGAUGCUCCAGAUUCCAUGAUAACUGUUAUGACAAAAAUGCAAGAAACGGUUUCCAUUGUGAAUGGACUAUAUCAACUCCUCAAUAGCAAAAGCGCUACGGAUAGUGCAAAACCCUUGCUGAUAUCCGUGGAGCAGCUUGAAAAUACAAUAAUUGGUAUAAUGCUAUGCUUUUCGAAAUUAGAGAAGAAGAUGAAGUUUGCCCGGGACAUAGAGAACGGAAACACUAAAGGAUUAGUUCGCGCGAAAUGGCUAUACCACGAGAAGGCGAUAAAAGAAUUGAUCGAACGACUCAAUAGCCACAAAAUCUCACUUUCGAUGAUGCUCCAGCUCCUGAGUAUGCAAUCGCACGUAUCCGAAGAAAAGAGACUUUCGCUUUCCAUGCAAAUCGAAAGGAGUGUUCAAGAAGACCCUGACAUCCAAGCCCACUUAAAAAAGCGUGCAAGCGUGAACUUAGGAGCGAUCCAUGAAUCCCGCGACUCUAAUAUAUCGCUUUACGAUGAUGAGUUCAAUGAAAUCAAAGACAGCAGAAACUUCGACCCCAUCAUGAUUUCGACGUCUGGGCCUGAGAAGAAACCCAAAGUUGAUCUGGGGAUAGCAACCGCAAACCCAGCUGAUUAUGAAACCUCAAAAAAAAUUGGAUCUCAGAUUAAUCAGUUUCCAGGUCUGGGUACGAGACAAAUUAACCAGUCUGACUUCCAAGAAGUACUUAAGCGCUCCAGACCUUAUCUCAGGAUGCAUUCCCUAGACCCAAGAGCGAGCAUGAUCAGUCGUGAAGGGUCCUUGCGAGGGGUAACUUAUUCGAUAUUUUCCCAACAAAGUAUUGUUACAAUAUCAAAUAUCGCGGUCUAUAACCUUGCAAUUUCUCCAUCAGAUCUCCACAACAGUGACUGGUAUCACUUUGAAGGCCCAAAAGAAUCAACGCACAGAAAACCGCCUCCUGCAAACUUCAUAAGGGAAACAACUUCUUCCCAUUCGUCAUCUUAUAUAAAACAUGGUGCCAGCAGAAUUAGGCCGGCUACAUCGCCAGAUAUCUCAAUAUCACCGCAGAAUGCUUUAAGAUUUAGUUCACGAGAUAAUUCUAUGCGCUAUCCUCCUACAUCGCCGUUUUUGACCGAAACAAGGAUUGGGAAAUCUACUGAACCCAUCUUCUACCACCCAUCUUCACUCGCUCGGUACAACGAAUUCUAUCAAGGAGAUUUCUUCGUCAAGAGAGAAGAAAUAACAGGUGAGAUACUGAAGAAGAUAAAAGCAUUGCAAAACACGGAGACACCAAUGAUAUUCUUAUGGGGUGGUUUUGGAUGUGGUAAAACCACGUUUGCCUUAGAUUUUAUAAAAGACUUACCGCACCUCUCCAACGUCCAGAAUGUGCGAAGAAUGUUUAUAAGCGCAAAUAGAGGUCGCGACAUUGAUUUUGGAUUGUCUCGUUUCGCUAUAAAUUCGGGAACGGGUUUUUCGAUUGGGAAUCCGCCAGGUACAGACGAGAAAGCAGGGGCAACGUGGUCUAGUUCCCAGACGUCACAAAGGGAGGCAUGGGCAACGUGGAAUUGGUUAUCUACAACAAGUCAGCUCCCCGCUGCUUAA